CGCACACGCGAGCGCCACGAGUCUCCCCGCGGCCGCCGCACGGAGGGCGAGAGGGAGGGGGGCGGGCAGAGCCGCCCGCGCUCCCCGGCCGCCCGCCCGGCACCGCCGCCCGCUCCCCUUUGUCGCCGCGGCCCCUCUCCCCUUGCCCGCCUUCUCCCAUCUCCUUCGCUAAGCGAACGCCGCCGGCUUCCCGCCCCCCCCCCCCGGCUCUUCUCCUUUUUAUUAUUUUUUUUUUCAUAUUUUUGCCGCCGGGGGGCACGGGGAGCGGCCGCCCCCCGCCUCGCACGACGCCCCCCCUCGCCCAUGGCCAGCGGUAGCCCCGCCGGGAUGGCGAGCGGCGCCGGGCAGCCUCCCUUCCUGCAGCCUGCCUGCUUCUUCGCCGCCGCCGUGGCCGCCGCCGCCGCCGCCGCCCCGCCGGGGGCGCCGCCGCCGCAGCUGAGCCCCGCGGGCGGGCAGCCGUCCCCGGGCGGCAAGCCGUCGGCGCCGCGGGCCGCCAAGCGGCAGCGCUCGGCCUCGCCGGAGCUGAUGCGCUGCAAGCGGCGGCUCAACUUCAGCGGCUUCGGGUACAGCCUGCCGCAGCAGCAGCCGGCCGCCGUGGCGCGGCGCAACGAGCGGGAGCGCAACCGCGUGAAGCUGGUGAACCUGGGCUUCGCCACGCUGCGGGAGCACGUCCCCAACGGCGCGGCCAACAAGAAGAUGAGCAAAGUGGAGACGCUGCGCUCCGCCGUCGAGUACAUCCGCGCCCUGCAGCAGCUGCUCGACGAGCACGACGCCGUCAGUGCCGCCUUCCAGGCCGGCGUCCUGUCGCCCACCAUCUCGCCUGGCUACUCGCACGACAUGAACUCCAUGGCGGGCUCCCCCGUCUCCUCCUACUCCUCCGACGAGGGCUCUUACGACCCGCUCAGCCCCGAGGAGCAGGAGCUGCUCGACUUCACCAGCUGGUUCUGAGCGCCCCCCGACGUCCCCCGCGCCUCCCGCGGCAGGCCGGUUGCAAAAAGGGAAAAAUAUCACGCACGCGGGCGCGAAAAGCCGCCGCAAAGCCAGGACCUGUUGCGUUUCGCUCUCCCCCGCCGUCGGAGGGCGGUGCGGGCACGUCUCCCGGCGGGACGCUGCGCCCCCCGCGCACAGCGCUGAGCGCCGCGGGGGCUCCUCGGGGCGGCCGGAGCCCGGCCGGCCCCUGCGCACCGUUCCCGGCCUCGCCAGCACCGAGCGAGACCGGCGGAGCCGCUGCCCCCCCGGGAACGGCGACCCCGGUCCCCCACGGCCGGGCGCUGCGCUCCUCGGGGCUCUUCCUCCUGAUGCUUCCCCCCCGCCAGACGGGAGCCCCCCUUCCGCACCCCAUCCCGGCCUCCUCGAGCCCCGCACAGCCCAGCCUUCCCUGCUCUGUGGACGAAGUUAGUUUGCUGGUGUUCGUGGAGAUUUUGAAACUAAGCUAUGCUGUAUUCAAAGACACCCCCCCCACCCUCAAAUCCCGGCUCCCCCCCCCAUCUCCGAGCUUUUCCUCUCGUUUCCAUCAUAGGAUGCUUCCAAUGUUUUUCUUUUCUUUGUGAAUUUUUUUAUUAUAAGAAAAUCUAUUUGUAUCCACCCUAACCAGUUUGGGGAUAUAUUAAGCUAUUUUUGUACAUAAGAGAGAGAUUUAUAGAGGUUUUGUACAAAUGGUUUAAAAUGUGUAUAUCUUGAUACUUUUUUUAAUAUGUAAUGCUUAUUACCUCUUCAUGUUUAGACGUGUAGUCGACAUUACCUUACAACUGCCAUUUUUGUAUGUGGUUUUGUAAAGGACUUGGAUUUCCUCCAGAUGUACUUUAGCACCAACGUGUCUUACUUUAUAGAAACUUUGUUAAUGUAUUAAUAAUGUUAUUAAACAAUGUUCAAAGUGAACAAAGUUUAUGCAGCUAUUGUCCAAACGCAAAAUGGUAGCCAUUUGUUUUUAUAUGCUGCCUUUUGAAAAAAAAAAAAAAAAGCAAAAAGCAAACAAAAAAAAAUCCCUUA